AUGGAAAGGGUGUUUCUUACAUGUUUCCCACCUCUAUGCAGAGGAAAACCAUCUUCUUCCACCAACGUUAAUAUUGACGAAUCCGUCACGUUAUUUUCUUCUCUAGUUUCCGACAUCGAUACGCUUCAAACAUGGCUACUGCCUGAAGGUUCCAUUUCCCUUCAAUGGUGCUCUGAAGCCACUAAUCUCCUGAGGAAGAUGCACUCCCAGCUGCUUCUCUUUUACCAGAAAUCUGAGAUACCCAGUUCGUGGGAUUGUAUAAAUAUCUUGGAUGUUUACAUGAAAGAGACCUUCAAUCUCCUUGAUUUAUGCAACUCUCUAAACUCAGCCAUUUCUAGGAUGGGAAGGUAUCGGCUAACAGUUGACCUCGCCGUUAGAAAGUUCUGUGACGACGAGAUUCCAGAUGUUGCAGCGAUCAAAGCUGAGAUUGAGAGAUUAGAAACUGAGAGCAAGAAAAUUUGUGGGGUUGAGAAGAGGAAAUAUAAGAAUAUGUUCAAGACCGCCGCCAUGGCUGAAACAAAGAGCAAGAAUCGUCAUCAUCAUCAUGAUAGCACUAUCCGUUUCAUCUACGCCGUUAAAAGCACCAUUGAUGUAAUGGGCAUGCUUCUUUUUUCUGCAAUUCUCUAUCCAGUUUCUGAUGUUGGAGAGUACGAGGAAGUUUACCGUUGGUUUCCUCAGCUGAAGUUUUUCUCAGCUUCUCUUGGGAAGCUUGUGGGGUGCUGCUUGAAGGGGAAGGAUUGUACAAGGUCGGUUUUGGUUGAGAAUAUGGUUAUUGAGAAGGCGGUUUUGGAUAUUAAAGAGGAGGUUUUGAAGGGGGAAGAAGGUGUGGAUCUGGAAAGGCUGAGGAAGAGUAUCGAUUUGCUGAAGAGAAGCUCUUCGGCUCUCAAAGAGAGCAUGGAGAUGUUUGAAGCUGUAGUGAAAGAGCUGUUUGCAGAGGUUGAAAAUGGAAGGGAUAAGUUGCUGGCUAUGGUGGUCAAUGGAAAGUAG